AUGGCUGGUCGUACUUUAGGUCCUCAAUUUUCUGAAGAAACUUGGCUUGUACUUUUAAAGGUUGUAUUAGGAAUAACUGAUUGUUUACUUCAUGAACCUAUUUCUACUAUGACUUCUUCUGAUUUAAAUAUGGAUAAAAAAAUUGCUAUGAUUAUGGCUGAUGAUUUAUGUGAACAUUUAUUAAGAGUACUUUUUGAAUUAUGGUUAAGAUCAAGAAUUCGUAAAGUUGAAAUGUGGGAUAUUUUUAAAAAAUGUUUUAAUCAAUGGACUCAUAGGCAUCAAGCUAUUUUACAAUGGAAUGCUACUACUUUGGCUUUAACUCAACGUGUUGUUAGAUUAUUAUAUGGUCCAAAAGAAGGUGCUGAUAUGGUUAACGUUUCUGUUGGUGGUUAUAAUGUUGGAUUAGAUCUUCCAACUGAUUUUGUAUAUUUUGCUUGGCAUCGAAUGGUUUAUUUAAUAAAUAAUCCAUGUACCUUACCUUCUUCUAAUUUUUCUUCGGCAAUUUCGGGAAUUGGUAAAAUUAUUGAAGCUUUUCAAUUAAUUGGUCAUCAAAAUUUUCAUAAAUUUUCUCAACAAGAUCUUCAUCAAGAUACUGGAUGCCCUUUUUUUGCUAUACCUGAUGGAAAUACUAUUUUAAAUAUGUUUGGUCCUUGGCUAUUUCAAUCUUGUAUGAUGAGUCGACCUGAUGCCGGUACUCAACUUGGUCGAGCUGCUGCUUUUGGUAUUCUUUGUAGAAUAUUUUGUUUACCUCAGAAACGUGAAAAAUUUUUACGAAAUUAUGUUACACAAUUUUACCUUGCUUUAAUUGAAGGUUUACGUGUUGAUAGUUGUUUAGCUACAAUAUUAAUGAAUACAACUUCACUAUUCGCUACUGAUUUAGAAGGUGUAAGAAUGAUGGUACCUGAUUUUGUCGUUGGAAUUAGAAUGGUUUUACCAAAAUUGGCUCCAGGAUUUAAAAUUGAUGUUCCAUUAGAAGAUUUAAGACUCGCAGCAAUAAGAGUUGCUAGUACUAUUAUGUGUUUACCAAAUCAUUUUGAAAAAGUACCUAUGAGAGAUAAUUGGAAUUUUGGAAUGCAUCAAAAUGGUGAUAAACUUGUUAGUAAUGAUGAUGAAAUUAUGGUUAACGAACUUAUGCGUGUGCUAUAUUCUGAAGAUGAGGGUGAUAUAUCUAAAAAAGAAAAGAAACCUGAACCUUUUACGGCUCUAAAGUUUUACAUACUGGAACUUCUCCUUAAAUCAUUAAAAACGGAAAAAUCAACUUAUAAUCUUCGAUAUCUUCUUCAUUUAAUAAAUGUUUACGUGGUUGAAGAUGUAGCGUUUUGUCCUGGAUUAGUUAGUCUUGUAGUAAAAUCUAUUCAAGAAAAG